UGGGACAUGCUUUGAGCUUGUCUGGAGAGCUGUCAUCAAAGAGCCACUUGCAUAAGAUCACUUUCAACACACCACAUACUGGAUUCAUUUGGCUAAAUUUCUGCACAUUGGGCAAUUUCUCUGUAUGGUAAUGUAUCCCUGUCAGGCAUCAUCAGUCAACCAGAACAGAGAACUCCAGUAUUUCAUGAGGCUGGCAGAUAAGGAAUUAUUAAAGCAGGAGAUAUUUUUUAAAUUUUAACCUGUGCCUGGAAGUUUUUGCUGUCUUUUCUUGGACGCUGCUUUCAAGUGGCUUCAGAGCAAUGGCUAGUUGUGGAAAAUAUGAUGUGCUCUUGCGCCUAUUUGUAGGCCUGCUAUAAAUAGAGUCCGGCUGGCAACACAUGCUCUGCUGUGAUUGACAAUUCUAGCGCUACUGGGACAGUAGGCUCCAAAGAACAGGCAAAGAAACAUACUAAUGUAGUUCUCCAAAUAGUUACUAAGUGGAACUUAACAUAUUGGUUCUGAAUGCCUAGAGACAGACCUGAAUUUUAUUCUGCAGAAAUACUGAAACGCCGUUUAAAGAGACCGCUGGGGUUUUUGGACUUUUGAAGUUAUUUCUUUUGGACAAUGACAUCCAGGAGGCCCUUGACCCGCUCUUACUCUGGAAAUGGGAGAUCGGGAAGCCAAAAUGGGGAAGAUGUUUCAAGUGGAAGGCCAGAAAGCCGAAACUACCUCUCCAAUGUUAGGCCUGAAAACAGGUAUUCAAACUACAGGCCACCCAGAAGUACAUUAUGUACCGUCAUGGCUCAGUUGACCGAAGAGACCCAGCCAUGUUUUGAGACCACCAUAAAAUCGAAGGCAGUGUCAGAAUCGUGCAAUGUCAAAUUCUCAUGUGUGGUCACGGGUUAUCCAGCUCCUGAGUUGACCUGGUACAAAGAUGACAUGGAGUUAGAUCGAUACUGUGGUCUUCCCAAAUAUGAAAUAUUUCGCAAUGGAAAAAUUCACACACUCCACAUCUACAACUGUACAGAAGAUGAUGCCGCCAUUUAUCAGGCCUCAGCAAGGAACAAUAAGGGCAUCGUCUCUUGUUCUGGGGUGCUGGAGGUGGGCACCAUGAGCGAGUUCCUGAUCCACCAAAGGUUCUUCGCCAAACUAAAACAGAAGGCUGAGAACAAGCGGCGGGACCUGGAAGAGAGUCGACGUCGGGGUAAGGAGAACAUCCAAAAGGAACAAUUAAAUGUGAUUAACCAGGAACGCUUACUAAGGAAGCGUAGGACUCCUGCUGGGAAUGACCCCAUGAGCUCUUCUCCUACAACUCAGGAUGGAGAGGAGAACAUGAUCUCCCAAGGGACAGGUGAAGAGCAGCCUGCAAUCAUAGACGAUAAGUCUGAUAAUAUCACAGUACAGGCUACUGUAAUCAUAACAGACAUGAUAAUGGAGAAUGGUAAUGAGAAACUCAACAAUAUUUGCGAUCCAAUGGAGUUAGUCGCCACAAAGCAGUCUUCCAAAGAGAAACCAGGUGAGAAGAAGAUGCGUAUUACCAAUGGAUUUGAUGAGGUGGGUGUUAUUAAGUCCACCCAGAGCAACAGAAAACGAGAGGAUGCUAAUGAAGGAAUGAACCUGGCAAAAAACUUAGCUGAGAGUGUGCAGACGCAAGCUGCUGAACCGCAUCAGAGUUUUGCAAAGUCAAAGGAGAUCAUGGAGGUCGAUGUUACUCCUGUCCAAGAAAAAGAAAAGGAAGGAGAGCUGGAAAUAGAGAGGGAAAGAUUAAAAGAAGAGGAGAGGAACCGAUCAAGAGAAAUAGACCGGGAGAAAGAACGAGAGAAAGCCAAAGAGAGAGAACGAGAGAAAAUUAGGCAAACCGAACAAGAACAAAGAGCUACGUCUGGGCCUUCAACCAAAGCUGCAUCACACAAAGAGCAAGAACACAAGUCAGCCCUAACCUCUGUUCUUCACUCCCUAAAGGACAUAUUCUUCGGCAAAAACAAGAAGUCUACAGAGCCAGCAGAAACCACAAAGAGAACUAGUGAAGUUGUUGUUGUUGAAAAGGAAAUUCCACAUGAGAAACACCUCCCUCCUUCACAAACACCUCCUCAAGAGUCUUUGGUCCAUAGUGAGGCCUCCGAACUUGAGGAACCAAAGCUGGACCAAGAAUCAUCUCAAAUGGUGGAUUUGGAAGUAAAAACUAAAUCUUUAUCGCAAACACAUGAUUCAACUGUCCCUAAUGAUACCAUAAAGUCCAAUCCAGCUGGAUAUAUUUCUGAAUUUCAUGCAAACAAACCUGAAGAUGUGUGUCUUACUGCUGAAAGAGAGCAUAUUGAGAGCAUUGGAGCUACACUUAGACUUUCUGUAGAGCAAGAGAUGCUAAAGGACAAGAGUAGUCCUGAGGAAGUCCCACAGAUUGACACUUCACUGCUUUUCAAGGCUACAGAUGACCAUUUUAAACCUAGUGACACAGAUGUUCAUGACUCGGUGGACUUGGCCAAUCCUCCACUUGAGACUGAAAGGCUGGAAUUCACCUAUCCCGAGGAUGAGGUCAUGCAAGGUGCUGAGGAAAUGUAUAUUUUAGAGGAACAGGGGGGCUCAGCUGCCCCCGGUGCAGAGCUCAUCAUGGCAGACCUGGAAAGCACGAAGUGUUGUGAGAGCCAGCCAGAGUCUCAGCUUUCACAGUGUGCCGACUUUGUUCCUGUCGAAGCGCACGCUGAGUCCCAGUCAGUGGAGCUGAGGGUAGAAGAGAGCAAAGAGCCAUGUGAGUCAAAUGAGAAAGUAAUUCCUCAUAUGGAGGAGGAAGGUUUUAUGAAAACGCUAGAGGGAGGUUCCCUGACAGGGAAAAAUAAAGAGGAGAUGGAUGGUGCAAUAGAAGGGAAAUCUUUCACUGCAGGGGAAAUUGAGUCAGAGAGUGGCUUUGGCAUAAAAGGACCAGUCCUUCCUGUAGUAGUAGUGAGUCAAAGAGAAUAUGAAAUUAAUGAUCAAAAUUCAUUGUCCCCUGUAUUGGAGCUAAGUCAAGAAGGGGAUUCUGUCGCUCUUGUGUCUGAGAGAGCAAUGGAAAUCAAUUUUAAACCAGAUGAAAAAUCUAUACCAGCACUGAAUAUUAGUUUUACAGAGAAUAAAGAAGUCGUAGCUGACUCUGCUACAGUGAAUGACUUUAAUAUGGCGGAAAUCAAGGACGAUAAAAGCAUUCCAAGAAUUGCUGAAGAAAAGGGAAAAGAUAAUGGUGAAGAAAAGAUGGAGAAAAGCACUGAGGAAGAGAGGGAGCAAAAGAGCAAUGUUAAUGCUGAAAAACCAAAGGAUGAUUUCAGUCAACCAAAGAAAAACGAUGUUAAGAGAAACAAUAAUGUUGAUCCAGGGACAGACACAUCUGUUGUAAUUCCACAGAUAGAGUUCCCCAAAAGUCAAAGACGAGGCGAGACUGAGGUUAUAGAAACUCAACCGAGGCCAUACAAAGUAGACAAACCAAAACUCCUUGCAAAAGCACAAGCAGAGAGACGUUUGACCGAGAAGGACCAACCAGCAGUCCAACCAAUCAUAAUUCUCCCCGAUACAAGAGAAACCGUCAUCAAGAAUGUGGCAAAGAAGAGAUCCACGCCACUCAUCCCAGAAAUCAAGGUCACAUUGCCAGAAAGAGUCAAACGUGAAGAAUCUGUUAUUGCGCCCAGAAGUGAAAUCCUGAAAUUAGAGCCUGAGAGAGUUAUGCAACCUUUAACACAAGAGGUGGCACAGAUAUUUCGAGAAAAGGAAAGGCAACCGGAUGAUGCCACAAGAGCAUUAGGUGAAUCAACCUCCAACAGUGCCUUAGUUAUUCCAGAUCGUUUGGCUGUGGCAAGGAACACGCAAUCAUCACCUUCCAUGGAGAGAGCACAGGAAGUUAAACCACAAAAUCUAGAAGCAAGAGUGAGAGGUGGAGAAGAACAAGAAAGUAUCAACACUGGGUUGGGCAGAGACGAUGACAAUAAUAUCCCUAUAAUUAACGUAGCAUAUGCUGAUGAUAACGCUACCACUCUUAAACAAGAGCAAACUCACAGCCACCCCUCACUUCCUGGCAUAGUAAUCUCACUAGAUAUCCCUCAAAGCAUUCCUCCGAUGUCUGUCACAAAUGCUGAAAUGCAUACCAAUAACAAAAAAGAUGACUCCAAGGACUUAGUUACUAUGCUGAAGAGUGAAAGCAAUCAACAUGGUCCAUUUGCUACUUCCGAGAAACCAAAAGAGCAGCUCAUGUCCCAGCUGAGUCCUGAUAUGUCUAUAAAAACUCCUCCUAGUAUCACUAACCAAGACUCAGACAGGGUUCCCCAUCCAAAAGACACAAAAAUAGAACCUGAAUCUGACAGGCUUCAAAAAGACAAACCUUCCAUUGAGAAACUUAGCUUAACAACCCCUGUUGGACCUACACUCCCUCCACUAAGUCCUGCCAGUUUGCGAAGGCUAAUGGCAAAGAAUAACCCAAACUUAGAGAGUCAGGGGUCCAUCUCAAGUGCAUCAGUGGAUGGAAGUGAGAAGAAAGGGGAAGAGAGUGGAGGAAGUACACCCACAUCCACUCUGUCUUGUGAGAGUAGCCCAAAGAUGAAGCGACGAGACAGUCUCACUCUAAUACCCUCAGCCACCCCUGAGGAGCUGGCUUCUGGUGCUCGCCGCAAAAUCUACCUCGCCAAAACCAAGUCAGAGGAUGAGGGAUCUGACACACAGGGUAAGAGGGAUAGUCCAUAUAUGUCGCCCAGUCAAGCUCGUAGGGCGGCUUUCUUGCAACUUCAGAGUGGGCAGCAAACACCGCCCACUGAAAGACGUUCACCAUUGGCGACCCGACGCAAGGCCACACUGGAGUUGCCGAAACCUAAGGAGGAGAUGGCAGAGGUGACAGACGGCACAAAGACAGAAAGCAAACCAGUAGAAAAGGAGAAGCUGGACCCUUUCAAAGCUCCUCAGGUUAUCCGCAAGAUUAGGGGAGAGCCGUUCUCAGAUGCCUCAGGCCACUUGAAGCUGUGGUGCCAGUUUUUUAACGUUCUUAGCGACUCCACCAUCAAGUGGUACAGAGACGAAGAGGAAAUUGUGGAGAUGCAAAGAUGUGCUGGGGAUGAGAGUCCAGUAGCCCUGGCCAUAGUCCAGGUUUCCAGCAGAGACUGUGGAGUAUAUGGCUGCUCAAUCAAGAAUGAAUAUGGGACUGACAUCACUGAUUACUUGCUCAGCGCAGACAUACUGGCAGAAUUUUUCUUAAGGGAAGAUUUAGAAGUUGGAGAAGAGAUUGAGAUGACACCAAUGAUGUUCACCAAAGGCCUGGCCGACUCGGGUUACUGGGGUGAUAAAUUAUUUGGUCGCAUCAUGACAGCAGAGGCCCAGAUUGGAGAGGGAUGCAAGCACAAGACGUGCAGGGCAAAGGUCAUCUAUGGUUUGGACCCUGUCUUUGAGUCAGGCAGCAUGUGCAUCACUAAAGUAAGAAAUCCCAUCACAUAUGGGGCCAAGGAGGAGAGCAACCUGGUCGAGAGAAAUUUAGAAAUCACCAAACAGGACUGUAAAAUCCAGAAUACCGUUCGGGAGUACUGCAAAAUAUUUGCAGCUGAGGCCAGAGUCAUUGAGAACUUUGGAUUCUCAUUAGAAGUCACCCCCCUUCAUCUGAUGUAUCGGCCCGCCAAUACAAUUCCAUAUGCUACAGUAGAGACUGAUCUGAAGGGCGUGUAUGUGAAAUAUUGUCUGAUGGACAGCACAGGGAGACUGAUCGCCAGAGCCACCUCUGAGGUGGAGCAGAAGUGUUGCACUUUCCAGCACUGGAUCCAUCAGUGGACCAAUGGAAACCUCCUGGUUACCCGGAUAGAAGGUGUUGAUACAAAGAUAACAAACAUUGAAAUUGUUACUAAGUCGAAAGGGUAUCAAGGCCUCACAGAUAAAGGAUCUCCAAACAUAAUGGAGAAGUUCAUUACUCAACAUCAGUGUAAUUACUACUGUGGACUUAUGGGCCUAAGACCCUUAAAGCCAGUGGAAUCUCCACCGCAGCUUAAAAUAAAGACCUCCAGGAGCCCUCUUCUGGCCCGGAGGGGCGUAUCGGGCUCAUCCAGCCCUCAGCUUCAGAAGAAAGGAACUAGCCCACAGUCCACCAGGAAAGGCACGUCUAGCCCCAAAGUGGUUAAAAAGACAGGUGAAGCUGGGGAGAGUAAUUCCACCACCAAACACAAAGCUGUAGAGGUCCCAAAACCUGUCAGGAUGAGGUAGAAAGGAGGACUAGAUCUAUUGGAAACAAAAUGCAAAGCAAACUAGGGCAUACUUUUUGAUUUUCUUACCAAACUUUAGUUUGGAGUAUGUAUAAUUAUAUAUAGCUACUGUUGUACAGCACAGAUGGCUUCCUGUAAAUGGAUUCUGUCCAUUGUCUUUGCACAGUGUCUAAAAUGCAACAAAUAAGUUCACAGUGUUCCUGUAGCUCAAUUGGUAGAGCAUUGCUUAUCAAGUGCAAGGUUGGGGGUUUGAUUCCCCGGGAACACAUGAUAGGUCAAAAUUGAUAGCCUGAAUGCACUGUAAUUCGCUUUGGAUAAAAGCGUCUGCUAAAUGCAUAAAUGUAUUUUUUAAUUUAAAUUAUUAAGAAAUGUCUAUAUAGAUAAAAGGAGAGUAAAAGGGUGAAUGACCGGAGGUGUUUGCCAAUUUUUAAUAUUACUGUGAACUGCUUUGCAGAUAUGAGUCCCCAUUAAUACCUCCUGGGAGAACCUUCACUUUAUUUUUACGUGCUGAAUUGAGGCUACCACCAUUUUAAGACUGGAGAAAAACACAAACCUGUACAUGGAUGAGCAUUGUUUUCAGAUAGACUCUGGAACUGUGUUAUGAUUGACUCAAAUGUUCCUGUGUCAGGUUUAUAUGACUGAGGAACCGUAAGAGAGGGACUCUUCAAGUGUUCCUCGAACAUCUGUGAUGUAUGAGUUUCAGCUGUGUGGAGCUGCAGCUGUCGCUGAGAUGCUUUUUAUAGUGGAUUGUUCUGCUUUUAAGGGUAUGGCCAUUUAUCUGCAACACCAGUGCACCAAUAUUGGUUGUAUACAGGCAAAGUAUUAGUGUCAUAAUCAAAGCAGAGUUUUUAUCUUAAAUGUAACUCCCAGAAGAGGGAAAAUAAUUUGCUUUAUUUUCACAGUAAAGCCAGUUUAUACUGA